AUGUCGUCACCUGCUACAAUAGGUACAGCGACGCGGCAAUACCGAUGCCAGAAACGACAAAAACCAUGCGACCACUGUCGCGAGCGCAAGCUCAAAUGCCAGAUGGACGGCGGCAGCACCAACCGCAGUAGUAGUGGCGGCCGGCCGCCCUGUCAGCGCUGCGCACGGAGCAACAUCCCCUGCACUUUUGUCGGCCGGCCGCGGCGAAGGACAUCAGCCAUGCCGGCGGCCGCUGCUGCUGCUGCUGCUGCUGCAACUCUCGUCCCCGAUGCGCCGGCCGCGCCCACCACCGGCACCGCGGCAGAGGCUGCCGCUGCCGAGCUCGACUCCUCGUCUGCCCUGUCGCACGCAAGCCUGCAUGACGGCAUGACGGCGUCUGCGCCGCUCUGCUACCGCGAGACUAGCCACAUGGCCAUGCCGUCGACGUGCGACAUGGACGCGGGCACCAUCCCGGCAUCGUCGGCGGCCCCGGCCCUCAACACGCCGACGUCGUCGUCGUAUCACGCCAGCAGCAGCGGCCGCCUGUCGACGCAGCUGAGUCAGAGCAUGGACGGCAUUGACGGGCACAGUAUCAUGCUGCUCGGCGCGUCGUCCGAGUCGGAUCCGUGGCUGCUCAGGCACUGCCAUUUCGAUCAGUUGGGUCUGCGGUCGGUGCACAAGAUGUACUUUCGCAACGCGGGGGGCGUGCCAACCACGGACAAGAUUCCGAUUCACUUCAUUGUUAGCGACAACAAGUACCUCAACCAUCCACUCCUCCCCAUGUACCACAGUAUUGGAGGGGAUGCACGGCUUCAGUUAAAUCAGCUAGUGCAGCCCAUAUUCCGCAAGCAUGUAUAUCCAACCCUCCCGGUUGUUCCCAAUGCAUACAUGGAUAUUCCCCUUAGCACCGGUGCCACGUCUCCUGUCAUGAGCACCGCUCUUGACUCCAUCCCCACAGCCGUGCUCGCCGCCAUGUACGGCCUUGCCAUGCCCUUUGCCCUCAACGACGAGCUGCUCGCUGUCGUCAACGCCUUUGAAACGCCGCCUCUACUUCAGCUCUGGACGCUCGUUCACGCACUCAUCCAGGCCGACAUCCACCGCCCCUCCCUCUCUACCGUGCAGGCUGCCCUGCUCUUCCUGCACAAGGACAGCAACAGUCACACGUCAUCCAACAGCAGCGGCGGCAACGACCUGUCCAGCUCGGCCUUUUUAUGGUCUUUUAUCGGCAGCACCGUCGGCAUGGCGCACAGUCUGGGUCUGCAGAUUGAGUGCCAAAUGUUUGGCAUCCCCAACGCGGACAAGCGCCUGCGCCGCCGUCUGUGGUGGGCACUGUAUAUUGAGGAAAAGUGGCAGAGCCUGCUCAUGGGUCGGCCGCCAUAUAUCCGCGCGGAUGAGUGGGAUGUUGGCGAGCUAGUUGAUAGGGAUUUCGAGAUGAAGACGACGUCCUCGUAUUUUGACGAGGCGGCGGCGGUAGUUGGAUGGACAUUUCUGCCGUUUCGCGACAUGGCACGGCUGGCCGUCAUAGUCGCCGAUGUACAAGAGAAAUUGUACUCACUUCGGGCUUGCCAAAAGCUCGCCGAAGAUCUCGCACUGAGUAUAUCCACUGCGAAGCCUUUAUUUGAUCGCCUCAACGAUUGGCGGUCUUCCAUCAACGCCCCCGAGCCCUUUUACGACAACAUUGCCGGCACCAGCCCGUACCCGACGACCAUGUAUUUUGCCUACCUUACCAUUGUCACAUAUGUGUGGCGCGCGCUGCUACGGCCUACCGUGCGCUCAUCGCCGCCGCCGAGGAUCAUUGACGUGGAGGAAGAGCCGCCGUUGCAGGACGCGGGCGGGUUCUUUUUCGAGGAGCUGAGCUGGGAUUUCUCCGACUUGCCAGAGAUUGAGCUGCACUUGGAGGAGGACAUCCACGCCCAUGGGGAGGCCAGUGCUACGAUUAAAGAGCUGCACCAAGCCGCGCAAGCCUAUGGUGGGACUGUGGCGACGUUUACUUCGCGGUUGACGUCGCGCCACUUUGACGAAUUUUGGUACUCGUGGUCCCGGAUUGGCUUUGCCGUCAUAUCCAACUUUCUGACUGUGCUGCUGGUCCAAGCACCGACCGCCGAAAACACACCGCGCGCCAAAUGGAUGCUCGAGAGCUGGCGCCAGACGCUGCGCUAUCAGAGCAAGGCCUUUCCCAUAUUGCGUCUGGCCAUGGCUCGGCUGAAUGCCUUUUACUGGGGUGGAUUGGCCGAGACGUUUUGUCUACCGCCCCAUGUCCAAGAAGUUGUAGCAUAA